UCUUUCGACAGCGCGGCCGUGUUUCCUUCCUACCACGAGGAGUCGAGCAUACGGACCUUCUUCAACUAUGUACGAUUUGGAGGAUGUCCUCAAGCAUGAGAAGUUAAAACAGACACCUCAGGAGUAUGCGAGUCUCCCAGAGGUGACACUCUCCGCCCUCGAAGAGACCGGCCAGGCAAAUUCAACCAUCGUUGUACCAAAACAACGGUCCUAUACCGGUAAAAAGCCUGUCAUAACAUCUGCUCUGGCUAACACUUGUUGCGCUGACCUUGGUGUCGAUGGAGUCUUGGAGAAGCUCAACGCUGCACUCGGCACGUCAUACACGCCGAAGACACCCUUCGAAUGUGACGUCCUCCAAGUGUCACCCAUAACGACACCCCGCUCAGACACAGGGUUCUUAGGGCCGACGCCCCUACACUUGAUUCUUGAACCCUACGUCACACGAAAUGAAGACUUUGGAACUGCCUACGCUCACUUGCGCCCCCAAUGGUACGACCGUACUACCAUUCAACGUUGCAAAGAAACGGAGGACCUUGAGAUGCGACAAAAUGCGGUCAUCAAUGACACGAUGGUCAAAGCAUAUACACCUCCUCGGCGCCUCUGGGAUCUGUAUGCUAAUCGUGUUGUCCCAUGGUGGGUCGCCGAUAACGACUCUCGGGGAAUAUCACAUGCCUGGAUGGACGAUAAGGAUCUCAAAGGGGAGAUGACACCCAUUAAUGGACACCAAUGGCCCGUGCCCAUGCCGAGAGAUGCCGAUCUCAAUCUCAUCCGGAUCGAGAUGCUGAACCUUGGCGCAGAGUAUAUCUGGUUGGACGUUCUGUGUUUGAGGCAGAAGGGUGGGCGGGGGGAGCAUCUGCGUGCUGAGGAGUGGAAGCUCGACGUACCCACCAUUGGAUGGAUUUAUUUUGGGCACUACGUGGUGUACUACUUGAGCGGGCUCGGCCGUCCUUUAAGAUUUAAACCGGGCGACUUUGAGAGUAACCGAUGUUGGUUCAGGCGGGUGUGGAUGCUACAGGAGUUUAGCACGGAAGUCUUCUUGAGUAGCGAGAGUUCAGGGCUGGAGUUAAGCCAGAAGGAGACCAUUGGGGGACAGACUGACGAUCACGGAAUCAUGGGAGAGGAAGAACGAAGGAGGUUAAAUGAAGAACUGCGAUCACUGAUGCAGAUGCGCAAAUCCCACUCUCUGUAGGAUACCCUGUCGCUAAUGCAGAGACGGGUGUCAACUAAUCCUGUGGAUAAAAUCGCCGGGAUGAUGUUUCCUCUUCGAACAGAGUAUAGCCCAAUCUACGAUGAGAGACAGUCAGAAGAGGAUGCAUG